UGUUGUCAUGGAGGAGGUUUUCAUCCUCGACCCAGUCCAAGGGGUACCAAGCCCCCUUGUCAAGCGACAGAUGGACCAGGCCAUGUCCAGCUUGGUGACCAUGAGGAGAGUAUUAUGCAGGGUGGGAAAGGUGCAAGCCAAGGAAACGACGGUGACGGUAGGACGUUUGGAGGGGAAGAGUUCGUAUCGAAGAUGGCAGAUUACAGAUGUGAGGCGAUCGUUUGCCGGCAACACAGUCACGAUCGAUGGGCUUACGAAGAAUGGCUGGAGAUGGAGAAUGCCUCCUUUGUGUGAGCAGGUCACGUUCAGACGGACUGGUGCAGUGGAUUCAGAAUCAAGACAGCUAUGUCAAAUGUCACAUUUUGUUCCUGCAGUAAAGAAGCCAGCGUCGCUCGAAGGGUUAAUGAUCAGACGAAGUGGGGCAUGCAGCCGGUCCCAGAUACAUAGCUGGUCACCGAAAAUGUUGUCAUUGAAGCGUUUGAUCCGCUGCUUGUCUAUGGAUGCCAUUGCCAACGUAAAUGGACAAAGUGUACCAUAUGUAGCAGACCAAGAAGAUUAUUCAUUUGAGGCAACUAAAGGAGCUGCUCUUCGUGCUCGCAAGACUGCCUCUGGGCUCCUGUGCUUUCACUGUGACCAUCAUGUAGUUGAGCUUCCACCUGGUCAUCGCUUCCCUAUGACGAAGUAUAGGCGAACCCGACAUACCCUAGAGGGCGACAGGUCCUUGAUGGGGCUCAUAACCAUAUUCAAGGCUCCUAAGGCGUCUGUUGGUGAACUGCAUCAUGUACAUGUUCCCGAAUAUGUGAAGAAGGUUCUGGAAGGGAAACUCACUAAACGUGAGCAGUCAAAAAUAGGACUUCCAUGGAGUCAAUCUCUGGUUGAUCGAUCUUUGGCAGCUGUUGGGAGAACGACUCCAGCGGCAUCCAGUACCAAUGGAGCAGCUGCAGUACCGGUCACCGCAGGGAUCCUCCCCGCCUGUCCGGUCCAAGGGGACCACGAGACUUUGGCAGCUUACCUUCAGCGGGUGCAGGCAUUCACAGAUGCCGUCGCCACAGCAAAGGCACAGCAAGAGGCAGCAGAAGCAGAACGUCAGAGGCUUGCCAAUGAGGCGGCAGCCCAAGCUCAGCGGACUGCUGAGGCUGACGCAACGGCUCGAGACAAGCGGAACACCGCCAGUGCUGAGUCCUUGAUUCAGAAUGAGAGUCAGUGGACAGCACUACUCCAAGUCUUGACCUUUGUGCCUACGCAAGCGGAUCCGACACCGGCGGAAGCGGAAAGCAGUAACCUGUCUAACCUGAUGCUGGUGCAUGAUGAGGGCAGUAAUGUGGAACAACACGAUGCAGACAGUGCACGCGCACACUGGACGGCAGCUGAGACAGACUCAGCAGAGAGAGUCUUCAACUUUGACAGCCGCCAUCCGGGCAGCAGCACAACAUCAGCAACAACAGCAACAGCUGUUGGCAUCCACUAUCACACGCGUCAACAGCAUCGAGGCUACGCCCUCAGCAGCACCAGGCUGCACGACGGACAUAGCGAAGCAACUCGGAGAGGGCAUGCCGUCAACAUCAUCGGCGACCUGGGUGACUUUACCAGUCCGGCCACGAUCAGCAGCACGGUGGCCGCCAUCAAGACGGACAUCACCAAACUGCAGUCACGACCGGAAGCUGCCUCGAAAGCAUACAAGAUGCCACGCUUCAACAUCAGCAAGUUUCACGACUACAACAAAACGGAUGCAUUGGCAUGGUGGCAAGCCUCCGUCACCGAAGCAGCCUGCCACCACGUGCCGGAUGGCCUGAUGAUGACAGCACUAUCUCCAACUCAUUGGAGGAGCACAGGCAUUCAUGAAUCACACAGCGGCCAAUCUGGGAACCACCAUCGCCAACCUGCACACACACAUCACGUGGGAGCAGCUCGAGCAAAUGUGGCACACUCGAUUCAUGGUCCGGAAUGUAGUAAAGGCUGCCAUGAACGACGUCUACUUCAGAUCGCAAGGGAACAUGUCAACACGAGACUGGAUGAUCAAGUGGCACAAGAUAGUAACCACUCCUGGUUUCGACUUAAGUUUCCCAAACCUGCGAUCCGAAUCCUUUUCGCGAUCAUGCGCAGGAUUGUGGUCGGCACUUGGUAACGAGUAUGACUAUGGCCAUCCUUGACCGUGCUAACCUGGUCAUCCAAACGGAUGACAAGGCCGCCAACGAAAGGCAGUCCCAACCGCAAUAUGUGGCUAAGCAAG